AUGCAUCUUAUUUCACGACAAUUAAACGAUCUAUUACUUUUGCGCUCGUUAUCAUUGUCCUCUCAGGACUUGAUCAUUCCAACCGAAAAUCUGGAUCUUCCGUCGAUAUCGCAAGUGCAAACCCGGGGGCCUACCGAAGUACCAUAUUACAACCAUCACGCCGCGCAGCGACCACUGUAUGUGAAUGAAAGGUUGCCCGCUUUGCCUUUGCCACCGCCGCAACAGGCAUAUUCCUCUGGUACUUCGUCUCCCCGGGUUGGUUCACUUAGCUCACUUGGGUCAUCCUCAAUCUUGAACGGAAGUUCUCAUUCAUCCUACACCACCGCGAGUUCGUCUAACGGGCCCAAAACGCCUUCCCCUACUCCUAUUAGCAGUGGUCUACCUGUUUCUCUCCCCCAGGGAUCUUACAGUACUCCACCAUCAAACCCAGCAUACUCUUACAGCCAGGAGCCAUACCAGAACAUGAAUCACGGCCCUCAAGAUAUGUAUUAUCCUCCGCACAUGUCCACUGGACAACCUCCGCCACCUCAAACUGCCACCUCGGGUGCGUUAAGUCAAUAUCCCCAACAUCAACCACCACUACUUCAACCUGGACCUCCACAUUACUCGCCGGCACAGCAAGCUCCAUAUGGCCAAUACUACGGCAAUGGACUUCAAUCGCCACAAUCGGCUCAAAUUCCGGGGUCAAUGGGUGGCCAAGGUAACGUGUUGCCACUUCCAGCAAUGACCACUCAGCCUGGUAUGCCAAAUCAAGGUUAUGGCGGCCCACAACAAUUUGAUCAAACGGGCCAAGUUGCACCUCCAGGCAUGAAGCCCAGGGUGACAGCAACUCUGUGGGAAGAUGAGGGCAGUCUGUGCUUUCAAGUUGAGGCAAAGAGUGUUUGUGUGGCUAGACGUGAAGAUAAUCACAUGAUUAACGGCACUAAAUUAUUGAAUGUUGCGGGCAUGACCCGUGGUCGACGAGACGGCAUUUUGAAGAGUGAGAAAAUGAGACAUGUGGUGAAGAUUGGCCCCAUGCAUUUGAAGGGCGUUUGGAUUCCUUUUGAGCGUGCAUUGGAUUUCGCGAACAAGGAAAAAAUUACGGAAUUAUUGUAUCCACUAUUUGUUCACAAUAUUGGCGCUCUCUUAUACCAUCCAACGAACCAGACACGGACGAAUGCAGUAAUGGCAGCCGCAGAACGACGAAAGAAUGAGCAAAACCAAAUGCGAAAUCCGCAAGCACCUGGUCCGCAGCAUUCCCUCGCGCCUCAUCCAAAUGUUGGCCGUCCUGCUCUCGAAAGAUCACACACAUUCCCUACCCCUCCCACGAGUGCAUCUGGUGUUAUGGGUAAUAUGGAUAAUCCUAAUGCCAACUUCCAGUGGCCUGGACAACCCAUGGGCAACGUUCAAGGUGCCAAUCCCUUGUCAAUUGACACUGGAUUGAGUAAUGCUCGCUCAAUGCCAACCACGCCAGCCACCACACCUCCUGGAACUUCGGUUCAAUCGAUGCAACAGUAUCAACAGAAUCAGCAACCUUACGACUCGAGACAGAUGUAUUCCCAAGCACCUCCGCCUCAGAACGCAUACGCACAGGCCCCACCUCCUCAACAAAGUAUGCCUCAAUACUCGCAACAGCCAAACGCAUACAUCAAGAAUGAAAUGGGUCCACCGUUAGCGAGAGCACCAGAUGUUGAGCCGCAACAUCAUGAGCCCAAGGAUACUAAUGGAAUGAUCCAUCACCACGGAAAUGGUCAAGUUGAAGAAGAACAUGAUCAGGAACAAGAUGGUGGUGAAUACACUCAUGAUAGCCAGAAUAACUAUGAUUCAAGUCGUCGGCCAUAUAAUUACUCAAACGGCCCAGCCGUCGGAUCGAUCACAGGUGAACAUACUCACUUGUCACCCGAGAUGACCGGCUCACCAAAUCAUCCAGCUUCUGGCCGAGCAACUCCUAGAACAGCGUCAGCACCUCAGUCAUACUAUGCUCAACAGCAAGGUGGCUACAGUACCCCUCCGAGAAUUCAACCACCUUCGAGUAAUUUGUUUAAUGUAGUCAGUCAGGAACGUGGGACAGCUAAUGGCAGCACAAGUGGUGACGUGUAUGCGCCACAGUCAGACAUUGUAUCUUCAAUGUCUAACGGUUAUGCUAGUCAGCAAAAUAUCAUGAAUGGGGCGCCUGCAAAUAACAAACGUGGCAGAGAUGAUGAUGAUGAUGGUCGACCAUCUAGCAGAGGUCCUGGAAUGGCUGAUGCUGAUGGCUUAAAGAGACGGAAAACGAUCCGCGAGGGAUCCGUUUCUGGACCAUCUUACAACCCUGGGCUGAACCGAGCUCAAUCUACCAUUGCACAGCGACGCCGGUAA